UUAAAUUGGUUUGAAACGUGAAGUUCUCCUUGCCCUUGGCCUUGUUGCAAUUUGUUGUGCAAACGUAUUAUAGUCAACACGUCACGACACGCCUUCGCAGAUCACGAAGUGGCUUCGCAUUUCAAUUGUCUUUUGGCUCUGUUGACAGUUAAAAUAAUACAACGACUAUUUCAGCUUCUGUUUUUGAGGAACUAUAAUAAAAGGGUAAGGUUUAAUGGCAAAACGAAGUAGAGAAUAUAAUCGGUUAUUGUCUUUGGUAUUUGUGACAAUAUAUAAAUGAUGGGCCGUAAAUAUAUUAAGUAUGGACAUACCAAGCGGAGGUUGCGGAAAGUUCUCGCGAAUGUUUUACAACACUUAUUUAUGAGUUGUGUGAUGGAACCACCCGAUACGGCAAUUCGGUUACAACUAAAUGGUUUUUACUUAAAUGGUGAUUAUUUAACGCCAGUCGUCUUCUCACGAUGAUAAUGCUGAAACAUAUGGUUGUACUUGUAUUGCUGUGGAUUUCCGCAAGCGAUGUUUUUUAAUAAGAAGCCGCAUUCCUAUAAUUAUGGUUCAGUGAACAACUUAACGUCGAGAUUAAUCUUCCCAGAACGGGUACUAUGGUAUGGCUUAGAAAUGGCUUAUAAGAAUAGUUUGAGAACAUCUUGUUUGCAAAAGGCGUUAUGUUAUAAUUGCUCAAUGCUUGCUUUGUUCUAGACUUAAAGCAAGGCUGUAUGCGUCGAGGAUCUAUAAAGACAAGAUUUUCCCUGCUCUAAUAUCAAUUCAAAUUAUUACAAUAAGUCUAUUCUACAUUAUUCCUAGUGUAGAUCACACUUUUGAGACCAAAAUACUGAAAUAUCUACAGUAUUUAAUACAGCGGAACAAAAAUUGUGAUUACUAAGCGACUUUCAUUUUCAAGACCUCUGCCUUUGCAGGGGUUGGUAUAAAACAGGUUUUUCCGGAUUUUUUUGUUGAUCUUAAUUGGUUUGCAUACUUGCAUAUCUCGCUCCAUUGACUAUGAUAACACGUAUUGACACGACCAUUCUUAUACUGGCGUAUGUACCCGAAUAAAAGCGUGUAAACAUUUCAAAUUUGUAAAAUUUUUAUCCGUUGACGGUUUUAUUUGUUUUUGAAAACUAAAAAUUCGCGUCGCGUUGCCGAAUCGCGUCUGGUCUGUGUGGGCCUUUAAGGCCCGGACGCGAUUCCACAACGUGGCGCGAUUUUUCGAUUUUCACUGACCGAUAACUUUGAUCCUGGUUUAAAUUCUCCAAAUAUUUAGAAGCAGUAUAACAUUUUGAGUUAUUUAGUCUACAUAUCUUUCAAAAUUUGUUCUCAUUGGCUGUUUUAUUAACUUCGUCGAAUCGCGUCCGGUGUGUCUGGAUCUUUAGAAGUCGUUUUCAUGCGCCAGAAUGACAAUCAUAUACGACCACAGAAUAGAUACAUAAGGCUGGAACUGGCCGUUGUAAACACUGCAGAAACUUACGUUUUCAUGUACCCACUUUUUUUCAGGCGACCGGAUCAACUGCGCGUGCUCCGUGCUCGGCAAGUUCCGCGAGCAGUUAAAGUGAGUGGCCAUCCAAUGAGAAGCAUGCAUCUAGUAACUUGCCGAGCAUGCGCACAAAAAAGGUUUAAUGCAACGUGACAACUAUAAAAGCUAGUAUUGCACUCAAAUAAGUUUUAUACUUUUAUUGUAUUCAGAAAGGGCUAAUUUAUAUAGAUUUUGAUAUGUAACAUUUGAAUGUCCGUGCAACAUUAACUGAGCUAUCGAUGUUUUUAAUCGAAUAAGCAUAUUUGACAAUGUUAAAAAUUUGCAUAAAAUUGCCUAUCAAAUAUUAUUUGGUUAAACUUGAUUAUAUAUAGUUUUAUUGUGGCCAAAAGAACGAAUGAAAAACAUAAUUGUUGGAUAAACAUUUAUUCAUUCAUCAUAGAAAGUAUGUCCUUUUUCACGUAUACAAUGGCUUGCACGGAAACCAUAAAACCCAAACUCUUUGAUCUUUUGUUAAUCGAGGCAUAUUCGAGAGGCGAACGAAGACCAACUUUAUAAUACGAACUCCCAAAGGACGUCAAAUAUGCUUUCGAACGUUUUUGAAUGUUUCAUGCUUAUUUCGCUUCCCGAGAAACACGAAAGGCUAACUUAUACUGGGACAUUAUCCGAAUUAAAUUAAAGUUGAGUUGAAAUGCUAGAAUUGAAAUUGUUAAUUUUUGUGGAAAAUGGCAAUUUUGGUCUCAUAUAAAUUUGAACAGUGUUUCUUGAUUUUUUACUCAUUUUUAAAGCAUGCGCCAAAUUCAAACAUUUGUCUUUCACGUAAUAUUAAAUGACAUUUUUAGGGCUGCAUAUCAAAAUCUAAGUUAGCCUUUUCUCAAUACAGUAAAUUUUAUUUGAGUGUAAUAGCUUUUAUUGUUUUUUACCCUACAUGAAAUCAAACACCGCAAGUUUUUUGGGGACACCUUGGUAGUUCUACUAAUCUUCUUAGUCCCCGACUGCAUUGUUUUACGCGCGGUCAGACUACAUCGGCCAAUAAAGACUUUGGGUAUACCUAAAUUUAGGUGCUGUGAUAACCAAUUAGUGCAGUGAUAAAAUGUAAAAUGUGCAGUGAUAAAAUUUGCUGUGAUAAGUUGUUAAUUAACAAGAAAAUGAGGCAAUGAGCAGAAAAACUGAACUAAAAAUGUGUCUUGACACUUGACAGUGGCAAAACAUUUUGAAUGAGAAUAAUUUGAAUGAAAUUGAAAUGAUGACUGCCGAAUUAUCCAACGUUCGCACUAAUAAUUAAUAUUACACUUAAAGUUCAUCAGAUGAACAAAGUCUCUCACCAAAAAUCUCGUUAUGACCUUGGAAGAUGGAGUGAAUGAUGCUUAAUUUAGGUGGCUCAAUACAGUUUUUGAAAUAUGACAAAAUUGUGAUUUAGAUUUAAUUUUUUGAAGAGAGGUUUCUUGUUAGAAGACAAAAAUUGUACCACAUAUAUUGAGCAAUCUUCUAAGAGUUGAAAAUUGUUCACAGAAAUGACGUCAUCACCGUUGCUAUGGUAACAAUGACGUUUCAAUAUGGCCGACAUUUUACCUUUUAACACAUUUUAAUCGAAAAAAGGCUGGUUACCCCCAUUUUUUAUUUCGUGAACGUUUUCAUUCAGAAAAAUGAAUGAUGUGAACAAGUUUAAAAAAAUUCUGUUGAUCCAAAAAUUAUUUAUUACGAAAAAUGACGUUUCUUAAUUUUUAAAAAUUCUGAUCUACAGAAUUUUUUUAACUUGUUCAUAUAAUUCAUUUUUCUAAAUGAAAUCGUUUCACGAAAUAAAAAAUGGGGGUAACCGGCCUUUUUCCGAUUAAAAUGUGUUAAAAGGUAAAAUGUCGGCCAUAUUGAAACGUCAUUGUUACCAUAGCAACGGUAAUGACGUCAUUUUUGUGAACAAUUUUCAACUCUUAGAAGCUUGCUCAAUAUAUGUGGUACAAUUUUUGUCCUCUAACGAGAAACCUCUCUUCAAAAAAUUAAAUCUAAAUCACGAUUUUGUCAUAUUUCAAAAACUGUAUUGAGCCACCUUAAUAGUAAUGUAAUAGUGAUGCUUAAUAGUAAUGUAAUUAGUGUAUAUAAUAUGUGAAAAUAUUUCUUUUCUGCAAGCAUGUGAUUAUGAAACUAUGCUGUCAUAGAUAGUCGUAACUGCAGGCGCUGUGAAGGACGCCCAGAGUGGUGCAAUUUGCCCUGGGGCUGAAGUUAAAGGGGGGCCCAAACAAAGAAUUACAGUGAAAUAUACAUAGAUAUAUUUCAAUUAGACUUCCAGAACGCAGGAUUUGGCAAUUUCUGGGACCUUAGAUUUCAAAAUUUUCUCGGGGAGAAUGCCCCCGGAACCCCCUAAUCAUAGUUAUACAAGAUGUAAUUGCGAGGGGCCCCAAGUCAAAUUUUGCCCUGGGCCCCCAUAUUACCCUGGGCGACGCUGGGUGCUGUGCAGUGUAUGUUGGUUUUAGCGAAUAUCAAUUGUAGCCUGUUUUGUGGUUACACAUUCAUUAUAAGGGUGUGUUCAGUGAUAGAAAUGUGCAGUGAUAAAAAAUUCUUAAAAAUAGGUAUGACUUUGAGUCCGCAAUACAUGGUGCGACACCAAUCUAUUAAUUUAAAUUCGUCAUUAUUUUUCAACAUUCUUAUAAUUACUUGACAAUAAUUUAUUUUUUUAACUUUCCAGGUUUUUAUAGUUUCAAUCUUGGGUCAAUUUUCGCCCACAAUGGGUAGUGUCUCUGACAAGCUUGCUGUUACUGAUGAUUUCUUAGAUGAUCGAAGCAGGCAUAUUUUAUAUCUGCGUUUUAUUACUCAUUUCAUACCCGAAGUGGUACGUAGUUCAUUGCAAGACGCGUUUGAGCUGUCCAUUAAAGCUCCAUUUCCUGGUUUUGAUUCGAAUGCUUCCGAGAGCCAGCAGAAAGUAAAAUCAACAAUGAUUGAUUCGCCAAAUGUAGCUAAAUUGAGUUUUGAAUUGCAAAGUUUUACGUCUGAAACAAAAGCAUUGUUUGCAGAAACUUCACAUUCAUUAGAUUUGUUUAAUGACUAUCUUCAAUGUCCAAGCGAGGCUACUGCUAAACCAUUGGGAAGGUGGUUGUAUCGUGGAAAAAGUGCUCAUAACGAACUUUUCACAACGUAUGAAAUUGACGAAAGUUUAAACUUUAUACAUACUUUUUUGGUUAAAAAAAUUAUCCAAAACUCUCAAGAUUGUGAUUACAUAACUUUCAACUCUGUAAAUAAAAACGUGGACUACAAUCUCGAGUUAUAUUUCCAAACAAAUAGUAUUUCCGACGAAAUUGCAAAAAUAGAUUUAAAAGAAAAAAUUACUGUUUUUUCAAAAAAAAUUGAGAACAGUUAUGAAAAAGAGGAGGAACAACAAAAGAAGCAAAAUGGUAAAAUCCUUGCAUUCAAAGCUAAAGAAAUUUCAAGUUCAGAUCAAGAUCUUUCGAAUGACCAACCCUUUGUUAACGAAAAAAGAAAGAAAGCUGAAUGGAAAAUAUAUGCCGAAGAUUCAAGUAUAAAUAAAGAAAUUGACGCAUUGAAAUCGUGGAAAUGGAAAAAUCAAGAAAUUCUGAGGGAACUGCAAGACAAAAUCCACUUUCUCGAAAAACAAGUGAUGUCGUUGCGAAUUGAAAACCGUGAGAUUAUGGCUCAGCUUGGGCAAGUCAUUGUUGAGCAAACUGCCAAAGAAAGCAAAGGAAGAAGAUCCGAGCACUUUCAUCAAAUAUUUCGUUCCUCAUCACCCGAAGCUAAACAACCUGUUGUGUCUACCAACAAUGACAAACCAGAUAUUGAAGAUGACAAGCUUCGCUACCCAAAUGAUUCUUAUGUAAAUGGAAAUGGUUCUCCAAAUGGUCUCCCAAAUCCUCAAGCCACAAAUGAAAAAGGAGAUUCAGUGAAUGCUUCAGUUGCCUACACAGCUACCUCUGGUGGUCAACCUGUCCUUGGUGCCGAGGCCUUGGUGCUAGAAAGUAACCAACAAGCAGAGAAAGAAGAGAUAAAGGAUAAAGUUCAAGGAGGAGAACGGGACAGCACAGGAGAAGUUCUAGCAAUGCGAAAGGAAAGCGAAAGGAUGGAGAAGACAAGUGGCGGAGAGGGAAUCAGUGAAUCUGGAAAAGUCAAUGGAACCAGUGUUUUGGUACCGACAUCUAGAGAGGAAAGCAUUGAACAAACAUCAACCUGGCAAAGCCAUCUUCAUCUGUCAUUCUCAGUCCAACAAGAUGAUUCAAAUGGAAGAGAGUUCAUAUCCCUGAGUAAUAUACCACCUACAUCAGUCGCAACAACGGUGUACAACAACUACAAGCUCCUGUUACUAUCCCUGGGCCGAGGUCUUCUUUCCUCUGAAGUCGUGAAACUGAAGGACUGGGCUUCUCAAAAUUUCUCGACAAACUCUCAAAAUGCUACCGAUGUUCUCUUACAACUUGAUCAAAAAGGAAUCAUCAAUGCUUCAGAUUUAAGUCCACUUCGUGAUUUCUUUGAAUCUAUUAUCAGAAUUGAUCUUGUCUACAUUAUCGAUGAAUUCCUCCUUGGUGAUUACAGCUUACUUCGCCAAACGUCAGCCUUGAAAACGCGUGAUGCAAACAGGGCACAAAAUCCUCAGUACGGUUCCACUUCACGGUUUACAAGUUUCUUGAAUACAUUGAGUUCCAGUCCGUCGUACCCUCCGGGUUCCAGAACAGCAAGAAGAAAUGUCGCUGCCAGCGGUCCAUCACAAAUGAGUACAAACAGAAAUCCAGCAACUUCAAGGACACCAGAAAACAGCAAUGGAUCGCAAAGUUCUGUCGCUCAACAAAACCACCAGCCUGCUCUUUCAAGUUUCUUGGGAUACCCAAACACAAACAACGCAAACCUCGUGUCCAGAUCUCCCAAUGAAAACCAAUCUACGUGUACAGCCCACGAGCAGCGAAAUGAGAAACCUAUUGCAUCUGGAUUUACUAAAACAAGUGUCGUCGUUGCUGAUGGCCCUGUCACAAGUAAGCUUCUUUAAUUAAUGUUUUUACCAGACUGAUAUCCUUCGUAAAUUUAGUGUGUUUCGCUUCUGGUAUGGAACGUAUAGCAAUUAUUGGUUCAAUGUGCAUCGCAUGGUUUAAAUAAACACCUAUGGCUUACAAAAACAGUUGCUAGAAUAUUUUCACGGUAACACAAUGAAAUUUUGUUGAAUAUUAAACUAUUGGGCGUCCUAUACUAAUACUAGACGAAUUGAGCCCUGCCCUCACAGGACCUAACAUUUAUGCAUUAUAAUUUAUAUAGUGUAAUUUGUGUUUCUACUGCAGUGACGCUGGCGCAAUGGUCCUUUCUGAAACUCUGACAAAGACAGGAUUGAUAGAGCUAUCUUGUGAAGGAGUUAAAUAAAAGUUUGCAAUAAUUUAUUUUUAUUGUUUGAAAAACAGACGAGAGAAGAACAACAGCAAGCAAUUCUUCAACAAGAACAAAUCCACCAGUGAAAAACAACGGCUCAAGAAUUACAAUUGGUAGCAAUGGUUCAAAGCUUUCCAAGUUCUCACGUGAAGGCGCAGAACGAAGCAUCGUUUCUUUUGCCCACGCCCCAAAUCCUUCUCGGAACCAAGACCUUGACCUCGAAAGUAACUGGUUAUGCAGUCAUUACAAACGACUUUGCUACGUCAAAUUUGAAUGUUGCGACAACUUUUGGCCAUGCCAUCGUUGCCAUAACAACCAAAGCACGUGUGGCCGAAAGAAACUUAAGUCACGUGACACGCAGAUGGUGAAGUGCGUCUAUUGCAAUAAAGAGCAACAGGUAACCCUAAUUUUCAAUUUUAAAAAUAAUGCUUAAGCUAAGGCAUAUUUACCCUGACGUAUUUUUUAUAAUUGUUGAAACGUGUUGACGCACAAUAUGCAGUACAAUUAACUCCUUAAAUGGCAAUGCUCCCUAAUGCGUCCUACUUUAUUAUUUUAGUCUGUCUAAAGCCAAACGAUUUUACUCGUCAAGGGGAGAGUGGCACUUAAUUACCCUUUCUCACGAAGGCCAAAAUCCGCCAUUUUUGUGUUACUGUCUGCCCUCGUAAAUGAUUCUAGACAAUUCAAGCAAUGUGAAAAGCGACUUUUAAAAGUUGUAAAUGUAAAUUUACCAUUAUCCAAGCAACUAUAAUAAUAAAAAGUUGUAUUUCGUGGUGCGGAGACUCUCAAACGUGGGACAGGCAGUACCCCCAAAAUGGCGGGAAAAUCGACCGUGAGAAAGACUAAUUGGUUACAUUUUAUUUAGUUUGGUCAAUUUUGCUGUGAUUGUGGGGCAAAAUUCGCGAGUUAUUUCUGUGGUUUGUGUCAACAUCUGACUGGAAACGACGAUCAUCCUUAUCAUUGCCAAAAAUGUGGAAUCUGCAGGUACGAUUUUAUUAGCUUUCAUUUACACAAUAACAACUUAGUCCUAUACGGUUAUCAUUCUGGCGUAUGAAAACGACUCCAAAGCCCAUUUUCCACUAGGCGAAUACGACUAGUCGUAGCUUGUAGAAGGGCCUUUACACAACCCGGCAAUGACCUGCACUGGCCAUGAUAUAAUACUAUUUUCUUUCAAUGUCAUGAAAUGAUUCGUACUAAGCCUUAAAAUGAUUUUUUAUUUAAAAUAAUUUGCGCUGAGGCAGAUGCAACAACAAAACGACACGAAGUCCCAUACAAGAUGUACCUGUCCAUGGAGUAACCCUUGUGUUUUCCACCUCUACGAAAAACCUUAAUUAAACAAUAUGCAGUAAUCAAAUUUUCGCCCAAUCAGCCAGUUGUGUGUCCUUCCAGUUUUUCUAUACCAUAUACAUUACAUAACAGCAUUUUCCCUGUAGUAACACUGGACCAAUACUGGAUCGACUUUAUAGUGGACCAUUAAGAAAAGUUUAGAACUGAUAGAGCUUUCUAGAAUAAGUCUAUUCAGUCAUUAAGUACUAUUUCACAUUUUAGAAUUCACGGAGAUCGAUCGUUUCAUUGUGAUGUCUGUGGUGUAUGUUUGGAUGUUCAACUUCGUGGAAAUCACAAAUGUCGCGAAGGCUCGGCACAUGAUGAAUGCUGUAUUUGUUUGGAGGUAAUAUAUAAUGCGCAUAUAUAGAACGCCGAAACAUGCAUGUCUGCAGAUUGUACUAUAACGCUACAUCACUUCGGUGUUGUUGAGCACUCUGCGGAGUUGUUAAUGGGUGUCUACUAGUGUUCAUACAAAUGUUUGAGCACUCUGGCCCCAUUACACUCUGCGCAUGUCUAGAUGCGUUGAUGUCAUCGUCACAGAAUAAAGAGAGCUUACAGAAGGCCGACUUCUUGGUUUUGCCUUGGUUUCGUGUAAGUGGUGGACGUUCAGAGGGGUGAACGCCUCUCGUAAGCGCACUGGCUAGGAACAUAGCGAGUGUAUUUUAAUGACGAAUCAUUGAGUGGCGGCAGUUACGCUUUUUUGGCUUAGUCAGCCUUCUGUAAGAUCUCUAUUCUGUGUCAUUGUUUUGUACCACAUGCGCUUGGCGAGAGAGCAAGCUCAUGUGUAAAAGUACGGCAAUAUGACGUAUCUAGAUGUGUACCAAGCUGCACUGAUGAGGCGUGGAACGCCGAAACAUGCAUAUCGCAGCUUUUCUUUAAAAUUGGAGUUUUGUACCGAAUUUUUGGAGUAACUUAUUUUAAGCCACGCUCGCUAAUUGGCAUUGAACCGUACUGUCUCAUAGCAUUUUCUUUUGUGCCAUUAUUAUAUAUAUUCUUUUGUGUCCUUAUGUUAAAUUAAAAACGAAUGAAAUACACUACGAUUCACUACGAUAUGGUUAAUGACAGGCUUAUAUUAGGCAUUCAUUAUUGACCUGAGUCAUGAAAAGAUUUUUAAUUUUUCCUGCAGGAUGCGUUCACUGGAUGUCAAAUCCUCCCAUGUUCUCAUAAAGUGCACAAAGAAUGUGCAACUCAAAUGAUACGCAGCGGGAUGUAAGUACUUUUAUAAUUCUGGGGGAUUUCUCGAGAUGUUCAGUUUGACGAAUAAAUGCAGAGGUAGUUGAUUACUCUACAGUAAUUUCAUGUGCAGAACAUGGGGGCAGAAGUUAGGGAGCCAUGCUUCCUUCUAGUGGUGUCCAACACCUCCCCAGAAAAAACUCUGCCAUUGCGUAUUAAGUUUACGUUUCCCGCUUUUUGAAUAAGGAAAUCGAUGCCUGUUUAUGGCGCAUGGUGACCAAGGAUUACCAGGUUAUAAUCGAUAUAGUAAUGUAUUCUACAUAUAAUUCAAAACAUAUAAUUACUAACUCAAGAUGAUUUUGAAGUGAGCUUUUAAUCUAACUACAUGUACCUACAAGUGAGAAUUUUUCUAAAAGCUAAUAUGCAGCUUUCUGAAGACACUUCAAUAAAAUAAUUUUCCUUAACUUGGUUAAGAGAUCAUCAUGCGCUGUAGAACACUAUAGUUUACAAGGAUUCGUUGAUUUUCCAAUGAUUGUUUUUUUUAGCUUUCCUUACUUUUUGCCUGAAAUACAAGUACCGUGAGGACGAAUUUAACGAAUAAUCUCAGUGCCUAGAUAGAUAGAUAGAAAUUCUAUUUAUACACGCUGACCCCGUCAACCGAAGCCAGGCCCGCCGAGGGGGGGCAGGGGGGGGGGAAAUUGCCCCGGGCCCCCACCUUGAGAAAAAUAGCCUAAAAUUGAGCAGGUUCUUUAAAUUGGUCAGAGCAUUUUUGAAAUUGAGGGCCCUUUACAGUACCUCCACUGCGCAGUCUAGCUAAGGUCUAGUUGGGUGACUGACUUGAGUUUACCUUAAAAAUAAUGAUGUCAUGACGCCCUCAGAGAAGAUUUGCCCCGGGCCCCGCAAAUUCUCUCGGCGGCCCUGACCGAAGCUGAUUUCCACGAGGGGCGUGUGCCAAAAGAUAAAUAAGAUUUUUACAUGUACAAGAAAGUGAUAAUUAGCUAUUUACAAACGUUUUAAAAUGUAUAGAGUAUUAAAAUAGUAACAUAUUAAUGGGUAUUAAAAUAGUAACAUAUUAAUGUCUAAUCAGAAAGUUGGCAGUCUAUUUACAGGCACAUUAUUUGCAAUACUUAUUAUUCAUUUUAUUUAAUACUUUAUGCAUUAUUUUUGCUUUAGCCUUCUUCCUUAAUGUUUUGAGUGGUUCCCAACCCAAUUCGCACAAAACAAUAGAAUGAUUUACGUAAUUACUCAUAUUCACGAUAAUUCUAGCAGUUCUGUUUUAAAUAAGUUUUUUUUUGUCAACAAAAGGUUUGACUCGACGAAUAGCAGAGAUUCAUGCUGUUAUUUUUUUCAAAUAUUUUCAUGGUCAACUGUUACUCCAAGAGUUUUCCAUUCGUAAACUUGUUUAAUUUAUUUAUUUUCAAUGACAACAUUCGGAUGAGAAUCAGAGAUCUUUUUUAUCAUUUGCUUUGCACCAAUUAACAUGAAUUCAGUCUUGGCUACAUUAAGGCUAACUUUAUUGGCAAUUAACCAUUUUCUAAGGUUUUCUAAAUCAGAA